AUGUGUGAACGGGGCUGUGGUCAACUGCAACAUUUGGGGAACGCGCACGCCGCGCUCGCGUCCGCCGGCCUCGCCGGCAGCGUCCGGGUGUCCACGGCGUUGAAGAUGGACGCGAUUGACAACACCUCGCCGCCGUCCAGCGGCGUGUUCAAGGACCCCGCCGCGAUGUCGCCCAUCGUGCAGUUCCUCGCCGGCAACGGCGCGCCGCUGCUCGCCAACGUGUACCCUUACUUCGCGUACGAGUUCAGCGACGGUAUCGACCUGAACUACGCGCUGUUCCAGCCGAGCUCCACGACGGUGACGGACCCCGCCAACGGGCUGGUGUACACGAAUCUCUUCGACGCGAUGGUGGACGCCGUCCGCGCCGCGCUGGACAAGGCCGGCGGAGGCGGCGUCGACGUCGUGGUGUCGGAGAGCGGCUGGCCGUCCGCCGACGGGAAGGGCGCCACCGUGGACAACGCGCGGACGUACAACCAGAACCUUAUCAACCAUGCCGGCAAGGGCACACCGAGGAAGCCGGGAGCUAUGGAGGUGUACGUGUUCGCCAUGUUUAACGAGGACCAGAAGGACGGCGACCCAACGGAAAAGAAGUUUGGGCUCUUCAAUCCGGACAAGACACCUGUUUACCCUAUUAAUUUCGCAGGAAACUGAGUACAGCAUAGCCAUAUACUGUACUACGCAGGAGUACAUACUACAUAUAAAUACUUUUUUGUCUCUCCUUGCUAUAAAUAAAAUAACGAGAUGAAAGAAAGUGAACAAUAAUCUACAAACGAAGGACAUCAUCAAUAUUUUGUGAGAA